AUGCAUCCCUCUCCCCAUGGGGCUGCUCAUUUCUUUUCUGGGAGGCCCCAGGGGCCCCUGGGGGCUCUUAGGGCCUCAGGGGCCCCUGGGGCCCCUGGGGCCCCUGAGGCUCGCGAGGCCCCGGGGGCCCCUCAGGCCCUUGGGGCCCCCGGGACCCCUGAGGCCCCUGGGGCCCCUGGGGCCCCUGAGGCUUCUGGGGCCCCCGGGGCCCCCAAGGUCCGUGGGGCCCUUUGGUUAGAUUGGGGGGGGAGGGCGCGGCGCAGCAGCAGCUGGCUGCCUGCUGCGCUGCGGCGCAGCCGCAAAGAGAACUGCAGCAGCACACUUGCUGCAUGCGCCCGCAGCAGCUUCGGGGGGAAGCGGGGGGCCCCCCUGGGGGGCCCCAUUGACCCGCAGCCUUUGACUCAGUCAUCCCCCUCAGCUUCUCUUGUGGGGGUGAUUUCCCCACAAGACCUCGAAGUUAAAGAAGAAGCCCCAAAAAGCCCCGCGCAGCACUUUGGCCAUUCUGCGGCCCUUUUGGAAACCUCGGGGGUUCGAACCCCGGCAAGUUUUGUUUUUGUCCCGGGGCCUUUAAAUGGGCUACUCGAGGGCAUAGAGGGGCCGCAGCUAGAACGCCCUGCUGCUGCUGCUGCUGCUGCUGCUGCUGCUGCUGGGCCGCUGCAGCAAAGCCGCGGCGUGGCUGCGUCUGUAUCUGCACAGACCGCCUCCAGCACUGCUGCUUCUUUGCUGGAAGACCUCUGA